CAUCAGCCCAGUGCUCGCUACCCCUGGGAUACUGUCAACAUAAGGACACAUAAUGAUUUGCUAGCAAUAAGCCACACCCUUGACUGACAGGAAGACUAAUAUUCUGGGCCGUUCGCUCACCAUUGCUUUGCUUUCUUCCAGGAAUAAUCCGGCAGGAUGCGUGCGCUCUUCACCGGGGGUCUGCUCUGGGCCCUGCUGCAGAUCGGGACCUCGCUCUUUCUGGGGGCCUUCAACAUCAAAUCCUUUGGGGACAAAAAGGCGUCCAACUCCACCCUGAUGGACAUCAUAAGCACAAUUGUCCAUCGCUAUGACAUCCUUCUCAUCCAGGAAGUCAGAGACAGUGAUCUGUCUGCGACCAAACUCCUCAUGGAUCACGUGAACCAGGGGCCAGGCCAGUACAGCUACAUAGUGAGUGAACCUUUGGGUCGCAGCACGUACAAGGAGAGAUACCUUUUCCUCUACAGGGAGGAUACUGUCUCCGUAGUGAAGAACUACACAUACGAUGAUGGCUGCGAGCCAUGUGGUACAGACAUCUUCAAUAGAGAACCUUUUGUUGUCAUGUUCUCUUCCAGAAACAGCGGUGGGAGCUUUGUCCUGAUCCCUCAGCACACCUCACCCGACUGGGCCAUCAAAGAGGUGGACGCCCUCUACGAUGUGGUGAACGAUGUCCGCACUCGAUGGCACACUGACGAUAUCCUGCUCCUGGGCGACUUCAAUGCAGGCUGCAGCUACGUUACGGGCAAAGACUGGGAGACGAUUCGCCUUUUCACCGAUAAGAGCUUCCAGUGGCUCAUCUCAAAUGAUGUGGACACCACCGUGUCUCAGAGCAACUGCCCCUAUGACAGGAUUGUGGCCACAGCGGACAUGCUGAAAAGAGUGGUUCUCGGUAGUGCUGCGGUCUAUAACUAUAUGGUGGACCUCCACCUCAGCCACAGCCUGGUGAGAUUUCCCUCACUGUCUUUAUAACCAAGGCAGCAGGUAUGCCAUCGAUCAGGGGUGAGUCAGAGUUCCACCUCUACUCCCCCUACCUCCAUACCUUCUUAAACGAAAAGCUAUGAGCGAGUUGUAGCAAUCGAAUCGCAAAUCAGCAGGAGGGGCCACCACGGUAAUGUUCGCGGUGCAGCAUAGCUGAUUGUCACCAAGGUUCCUCCCGGUUUGUGAUGGAGAUACCGCAAUGUCGUCGACCGUGACCGUGUGCUGGCAGUCUUGCGCUGGCAAGAGGAGGAGUAGAGGAAUGGUCGAUAGUCAGUGUAGCAAUGAUAGGAGAAACCAUGUGACCAUUUGAGCCGAUGGAUCUAGGGAGAAUAGAAGGUGUCCCAGUACAGAGCCUUGAGGGACACCAGUGACGAGAAUGCAGGGUUUGACAAGGAGCCAUUCCAUGUGAGCUGAUCGGUGCGAAUCGUCAGGUAAGAUGCGGACCAGGAUAGUGCAGAGUAAGCGACCUGAGUUCGGCAGGAGUGGCGAGAAGGAUCUGGUGGUUCAGGGUGUCGAAGGCCGCUGAAAGGUUGAGGCGAAUUAGAACCGACGAGGCUCUGGCGGCACGGAGCUACCCUAUCACCGCAAGGAAGGCGGUGACGUCUCAGUUGAGUUUGCAGUGUUAUGCCUGACUGGUAAGGGUCAAGCAGGUUGGUUUGUGAGAGAUAGGAGGGCCGUUGUUCCAGAGUUUUAGAAAGGAAUGAAACAAGGGAUUGGUGUCUUAAAG